CGUUCAACAUUUUCGACUCAGAAGAGUGUUCCUUCGUCGCACCACAAGAAAAGAACAAUAAAACCGUUAAUCUGAGAAAUUCCGAGGGAAAAAGCAGCAACGCCAGUCAUGUCGUUCGCAGCAACACCAGCGACAACGAUGACGACAUGCCGCUUCGUUACGCUUCGAAUUCAGUGCACUGAUUCCAAGCCCAGAACUGGUUUCGGAAGCAAAACCAACAGCAAGAACAAGAACAGGAACAAGAACAACCUCAGCCAGGAAUCAACUACCAAACGGUCUGGUGGCGUUCCUACUCAGGCACCCGGGUUAAGUUCUCGGUUCGAUGGAAAGGUUAAGAGAAACCCUGCUGAGCUUGAGUUUGAGGAACGUCUAGCAGCAGUCAGAAGUUCAGCAAUUGAGCAGAAGAAGGUAGUGGAGAAAAAGGAGUUUGGGCCAAUUGACUAUGAUGCACCUGUUGAGUUGGAGAAAACGGAUAAGAAAAAAAUUGGACUCGGUGCACAGAUUGGAGUAGGUGUAGCUGUAGUGGUCUUUGGUUUGGUUUUUGCUCUUGGAGACUUUCUUCCUUCUGGAAGUUUGAGUCCUACUGAGGAUACUGCAGCAACUGCCAAUAAACUGUCCGAAGAAGAGAAAGCGUCACUUCAGACUAGGCUGAAAGAAUAUGAAGCAACGCUUAGUAACUCCCCAAAAGAUCCAACUGCUCUUGAGGGAGCUGCAGUAACCUUAGCAGAAUUAGGAGAAUAUACACAGGCUUCAACUCUGCUUCAAGACUUGAUUAAGGAGAAACCAAGUGAUCCUGAAGUUUUUCGUUUGCUUGGAGAAGUUAAAUAUGAACUCAAGGAUUUUGAAGAAAGUGCUGCUGCAUUUAAGGUUUCUUCAUCGAUGUCUAAAGAUCUCAAAUUUGAAGUUCUGCGUGGCCUUACGAAUGCAUUACUUGCUGCUAAAAAACCAGAUGAGGCUGUUCAAUUUCUUCUUGCCUCUCAUGAACGUAUGAAUGUGGACAAGCCAGACACAAAGGCUGGAAGUAGUGCGACUGAAACAAAUUCGCAGGUGGACCCUAUUCAAGUCGAAUUACUUCUUGGAAAAGCCUAUUCAGAUUGGGGCCAUAUCAGUGAUGCUGUUUCUGUCUAUGACCGGCUCAUCUCUAGUCAUCCAAAUGACUUCCGCGGUUACUUGGCCAAGGGAAUUAUUUUGAGAGAAAAUGGUAAAGCUGGAGAAGCGGAGAGGAUGUUUAUACAGAUGUCUGAUUGGCCUAGCGUUCAGGCAUGUUUGUUUAAGUGGCAAGGGAUGCAGCUAAUCUAUCUACCAUGGAGUUGCAUGUGCAGGCACGGUUCUUUGCACCGGAUAAAGCCAAAGCAUUUGUAGACCGAUACUCAAGAUAAUGACCACAUUGUUAUUCCUCAAGUAGGGUGUGUCAUAUAGGUCUUGGACGAAAUAUCUAGUCACGGGUGCUUCUUGCUAGUUCGCUUGACCAUUGAAAUUCAGAUAUGCUUCCCUCCAACGGACUGGUCAUUUUCUCUCGAAAACCACCUCCCCGACCUCUAUCACUUUGAAUCACUUCACUCACGGUUGCAGAGACCUGAAGAAUUUUCACAAUCAAUUUUACUCAACUCGUGAUCAAAUGAGCUGUGAAAGAAGUAGGAUGAUAGGAGUUUCGAGGAUGAGUUUGUAUAAUUUUGUUAUUGAUUCUGAUUUUCCACAUUUUUCAAUCAUCGACGAAGUCUUUAUCACAAAAGUUACCCAUAACUGUAUGAUUGUGAGCUUUUGUUAAUCAGAACUAUAUAUUUCGUUACCAAAAUUUACUGUUUAAAUUG